AGUUAGAGUGCGACCGUCGUUGUGGUAACGCAGAAGAAACAGCUUCUGCAAGAUCGAGCAAACACUUAUUGUUAGAGGCUUUUUGUAAUCUAAUUUUAUGAAAAAUAAAAAAAAAAAGACGUGAGAUAGUGAUAAUGAUCUUGAUUUUUUAAUUUAAAGAAAACUUUUGUGGUUGUGUUUGCUUUUCCUUUCAUGAAGGAUAUCUUCACGAGAGUGUGAUCCCAAGUGUGAGAUUUGUGAUCUCAAAAUGACUCUCAAUCCUUCCCCCUAAUCCUGUGUGUUGAUUUAUUUUUUAUACCGAAUUUGUGAGACCUUUUAGCCGAGUUUUGGAACAACAGGUGCUUGAAUGGAAUUUAUUACGAAAUUUAUGUGUAUUUGCUUGUAAAAGUUUUGUGCUUGGGUGCAACACAGAAAAAGUUGAAUAAAGUGCGGGAAAAAUGAUAGUUAUCAAAAGGGGUGAAUAUUUUUCACUCUUGAGCUCCAUUUUUGUUAUUUCGGUGUUUCUUUCCAUCAAAUAUCCUGCCGUAUUCGCCACCCAUUCACCAAGUACCCACAAAUCUUCAUCCACCAAAGAUAACAUAACAAUAUUACCGCAGCAUAUUCAGGAGCAAUGUAUCCACAAAUGUCCAGAACAGAAUCGCACUAAUUCAGAACAUCUUGACAUUGGAUGCAAUGGCGAUUGCUAUAUCAAUCAUUGCAUUUUGGGUUGUCGAUUGUGGGAACAAGCAUUGGAGUCUUCAUGCCAGACUGUUUGUAAUAAGACUGACCAGGAAUUACUAGAGCCUAAAGAAUUAUAUUGCGUCGUGGGAUGCAAUGAUGCCCUUAAUAGGUAUUUUAAGUGGGUGAAAGCUGAGGUAGGCAUACCACCAGCUCCUGCUCUUGUGGCGGAUACAUUGACGGCUACAUCUCUCUCCUUGGAAUGGGAGAUACCUGAAAAAUUUGCUCUACUCACACGUGGGAAACUGCAUUCAUCACAGAGCUAUCUAGUGCAGUGGCGAUAUGAAGAAGUUGUUGGAGAUUGGAAGUUUUGUAGAAAUCAGAGUAUGGGCGACAAUUCAACAGUUCGAGUAGAUAAUUUGCAACCCUACACCAAAUACAGAUUUCGUGUGGCCCUGCUCCUAUCCAAACAACACGAUGAGUUUCUGACGUCUGAGCAGAGUGUAAUAAUCAGUACGUUGCCUAUGGGUGUUCCCCUAUCGGAGCCAGCAAUCGUAAGAGCAGUGGCUGUUGAUCACACAAGGAUUUCUGUAACAUGGGAACCUGGCCCAUUUCCCAAUGGGCCUGUCCUUUCAUAUGUGCUGCAGAUCAGGGAUUUGUCAUUGAACAUCUCCGCGUUGAAGGAUAUAUCGGCUAUGGAGAAGACUCACUUUUACAUGUUCGAAAAGCUAACACCCUCAAACAACUAUUCAGUGUCUGUGACAAUGAGGAACGCAGAAGGAGAAGGACCAGCAGCAUUAACCAUUGUAUCCACACCCCCGGAACCAGAAUUGUCAAAUGAUGAACCGAACCCAACAUUCAUUCUUGGCACAGAAUAUUCUGUGUUAUCCCAAGGAUCGGAUCUUCUGACGGAAUCGUCGAAAGAAUUCUAUACAACGGACAUUAGAAUUCAAGGAAUUGCCAUUCAUAUUGCAAAACAGCUCCUAUUUGUUUCAGAAGAGAGUGGGUUUGUCUACAAAGCACCAUUGGAAGUUGUAGGACAUAAAACUACAGUUCUAUCACCGCAUUCGGGUUUAAACUUUUUACCUCAACUUUUAUCAAUUGAUUGGCUCAACAAUCAUUUAUAUAUUCUUGGAGAAGUACGGCACCCACAUGCUCAUAGAAUGUGGCAAAUAUCAAGAUGCGAUCUAGACGGAAAGGGUCUAACAGUAGCUACUGCAGGGUUGGUUAGUAAACCUAAUCAUAUUGAAGUGGAUCCAUUCAACGGAUAUCUAUUUUGGGUGAUAACCGGCUAUGCAAUCGAUACUGGACUGUUUCGUUUAGAUCUUGGUGAUAUAUCUAACGGAGUUAAGCACAAAGUUAAGCCUCUACAUAUGAUUCAAGGACAGAACCUAGCACCAUUUACAGUGGACCAUACAAGAUUUCGUAUUUUAGUACCCUUUCUGGACAACAAUACAGUAAUUUCAGUUUCCCUUGACGGAAAAGAUCGCGAAAAUAUUCGGCCAAAUACAAAUCAACCAAGAUUCAAUGACGUUAGAUCAUUGACAAUGGCUAAUGGCUUAUUUUAUUGGACCAACGGAGAGGAUAUCAUAACAGAAGAUUUUCAUACAACCCAGAAAACUUAUUUCCACAAUGCCUAUCCAGGACUGUCAAACCGAACUUAUCUUUCCAUAUGUAUCAAUCUCAAUUCCGCACAGCCGAUACCAAUUCCAGUUAAUCCACCGAGCAACAUACAAGCACUUUUGAGUGCCAGCAAGGCUAAGGUAUCCUGGAGAGUUCCACAUUUGUUAGGCAACCAAGGCAAAGGAACUUGGCAAAAUUGGAAGUAUGAGCUUGAAAUUAUGAAUGAAACGUCUAAGAUUACGUAUCGAGAUCUCAAGACCGCACAUGUAUAUGUUGAUGAAUUGCGACCCAAUACAAUGUACAUCUUUAGAGCGGCAGCUUAUACUAAAGCCGGUAAAGGACCUUGGAGUACAGAAUUUCGAGCUAAAACUUUAAAUUCUCUACAUAGUCGUUAUAUAAUUUGGUCAUCAGACAAUGGACUUCUUCAAAGUGAUGUAAUCGGCGAACAUAUUGACACCCUCAUUUCUCAAACUGAGCUGGGUGAACACUACGUUUCGGAUAUUGCAUGGAUCGAAGAUAUGCUGUUCUUCGUUAGUAAUUCUAGUUUGAACUUUUUCAAUAGAACUAGCAGAACUAUAACUAAACUAGGCGAUUUUGAUUAUGUAGAAAGUAUUGCUGUAGACUGGAUAGGAAAGAGACUGUAUUGGUCUAAUCCAACUCAACAAUUAAUAACCAGAAGUCAUCUAAACGGGGAUCAACAAGAAACUUUACCAAUAUUAGCAGUCGCCAAAGAAUUACGUAUUGAUUCUUUAAGAGGAUUUAUCUACUUUUCAACAGGACAUGCAGUUGAAUCGUGUAGAUUAAAUGGAAAGAAUCGUAGAACUUAUUACAGCGUGGAGCUUUAUUCCGGACUGCAAGUUAUGGGAUUAACUUUAGAUCUGGACAAUCAACUUGUCUACUGGAUUGUUCGACGUUACGAUAGCUCUAGUCUCUAUAGCGCCCCUAUGGCUGGAAGUCUAGCUCCCAAUGUCAGUGUUGUAGAAACAAAGCUUCGGGAAGCAUCAUUGCAAGGUCCAUUAACUCAUUUCAGUGAUCGCCUACUCUGGCUUCAAGACAAUAAGACUGUAAUUGUUGGAGAUAUGACGGGAAAGAAUUUGGCGCAGAUCAAUAGUACGAAACUAAAUGGUAUCCGAGCAAUCUCUGUUAUAGAUCCAACUCAUCACAUUUAUCCAUCAAACUUAUCUUCCGUUAAUGUGAUACCAUGUCAGAUUAGCAAUAAAUCCAUCCAUAUAAGGGGUGUUUGGACAUCUUUCGAUAUCAUAUGGGAUCCAAUAGAAAAUGUAAACUAUGGCCAAGUUUUCUAUGAAAUUCGAAUCCACGCUUCUGGACACAAAGACAUUGUUAGAGAAGUAAUAGAACCUGUAUGGCACUACAGCUCUCAUACGCUGCAACCCUAUAGCCCACUUGAUAUAACAGUACGGCCUUUUACAUUCUGGGGAUCAGCCGUACCUACAAGAACCCACAUUCAUUCACCUCCAGCUAAACCAACAGUACCAACAAAUUCUAGAAUUUUCAUUACACAUUACGAUGAUCCUCUACGAGGUGGACUCAAUAUUGAAGCUACUUUUAGAUGGAAUCCACCUUUACAUCCAAAUGGACCUAUUUUAGGCUAUCGUCUAGAUUGUUGGUACGAAGAAGAUUUUAAAGAAAAAGAAGUGUUCAAAGGUCUUGAUGUAGCAGCAUCCGUUGAAGAGAAAGUUUUGUCAAAUCUAGUACAAAAUGUAACUUAUUUCUUCAGAGUUCUUGCUUACACAGGCGCAGAUAGUGGGGACUAUACGGGAUCCCUAAGUGCUGAAACUGCCAGAGAAAAACCGAUUCCCAGAGUCUUAGUAUCAACAAAAGAGCAAAUCAUUAUGGUUGAUCUUGACUUGAACAAAAGUAGCCCAAUUCUUAACACGGGAAAUGCUGCGAAAUUUAUGACUUACAUUGCCAGAGAGAAAAAAAUCUUUUGGAUAAAUGAAGUAAAUGAAGUAAUGUCAUACAAUGGAACGACACAAACUAAAUUGUACACUAUUAAUUCGGAAGCUCUAUCUUUAGCUGUUGAUUGGGUAUACAGAAGUUUGUAUUGGUCUCACAUUGAUGGCAACACAUCUGUAUUAUCUAGCCUCGAUUUAACAAAGUAUGAAGCCUACAAAGGUGGAGUUGUUGAACUCGUUAGAAGAGAAGGGAUAAUUCAGAAUAUCUUGGUGUCUCCUAUGGAUCGAAUGAUUAUUUGGACUGAGCGCAAAUCAAUCGACGAUGAUACAACACAAAUAUAUUCUUACAAUAUAUAUAGAGGUUUAAUCAUGAGUUUGGAACUUUUUCCAUCAGAAAGGUGUCCGAAUAUCUCACUCACAUCAAAUUUCCGUCCAUUUGCUCUUGAAACAAAAUCCAAACGCGAGACUCACAUGAUUUGGACCGAUAAAAAUCUCAAUUUAUACUCAACUAGUCUUUCAACGGAGCACUGCAAAGUUAUAGAUUUCCACUACAAUAAUUCAAUUUUGAAUUUUGUCAAAGACUCUUCAAGAAUUUACUGGAUAUCUCACGAUAAUCAUAUCUACGCUAAAAAUGAUCAUGGUACCAAAACCUACAAUCUGUACGUCCCUCGAGUGGAAACGCUGCUUGCUUUUUAUCACCAGGCUUAUCCUGAUAAGAAAUGUUUAAUUCCAAAUUUCAAAGAAUUCUCAAAAUACGAAGCUAGUCUUAUGUUAUCAACAUCAAAUACGAUUAAACUAAAAUUACCUACUCCAACACCGGUGCUAGGAUGCAACAAUCCGAUUCCGGCCAUCAAAUACGCCAUCUACUUCCAAGCAAUUGAUGGUCAUCACAGUGAUGACUCGAAAUGCAAUACAACAACAUGCCAAGUAGAUUAUUCAUUUGAAAACAUCAAGACUAUUCAUGGACUAAAACCUUUUACAAAGUACAAAUUUCAAAUUGGUGUUAGCAAUUACUAUGCCGAUAAAAUGCAUCUUCGAAUGCACCUAGGUCCAAGCAAAAUUUACUCAACAGCCGCAGGAGCACCGUCAGAGCCAACUGAUAUCAAAGCAGAAGUUAUAAGUCCAAAUGAAGUAAACGUAACAUGGCAUAAGCCAAAAGAGAUUAACAGCAAUGAAAUUUGGUACGAAAUUCACUGGCAAACUGAGAAUCCUAUAACAGGGAUACGUAAUCGUCAACAACAAGUUGUCUAUACCACUCAUCAUUCUCUUACAAAACUUAUUCCCAAGCAAUCCUAUAUAAUCUGGGUACGAGCUUACUCAACUAGCGAUAUGUUUUCAGAAAGUGAAAUUGUAGGAGUAGAGACAUUCCAGGAACCCGAUAAUAUUACCCUGCUUAUGAUCACGUCUACUUCACUCACAUUAACCUGGCAGCCUCACAAGAAUGUUUCUAGAUUCCAGUUGGGUUACGUGGUUCUCAGUAAUCCCAGUAUUGCGCCAUUUGUAGUCUAUGACUCUAAACAUCCUGAAGAAUUUGUACCUUUUAACGGAACUUUUAAAGUGACAAAUUUGGAACCUAAAACAACAUACAAAUUCUAUGUGCUACUCUACUAUCCUAAGCGAGAUUAUCCGUAUUCUUGGCCACUUGAUAGUCGAUCAGUAUUCGAAACGCUGGGCGAUAGACCUACAGCUCCCGGUAAACCACUUGUAAAACAUCUUAGUGGAGACGUUUACAAAGUUUUUUGGGAACCUUCCAAAGAUAAUGGUGCACCGAUCGAAGAGUAUAGUUUAGAAGCUCUACAAUCAAAAUCAAUCUCAAACAGAGUUCGGCGAUCUCCUACGCUUGAGAUCAGUAGCGUAGACGUAGAGAAAAUACCUCUUCAUAGAAGCAUAGACGAAAAUGUUACGGAGGUAGAAAACAAAAUAACUUGGACAGAAGAUUCCACAAUUGAUGAGCGAUGGAAAAUUUACUAUAAUGGUACAGAACUCUACUGGAUUCCACAGGAACUCAUCCCUAUUCAUGUAUACUCCUUUCGGGUAAGAGCAAGAAAUUCAUACGGUUGGGGUCCGUAUAGUUCAACAAGCGAACCAAUCAGUGAACCAUAUGUUGAUGUAACGAACAAAAACAGCAUGAUUAUCAUCAUUGUGAUCUCAAUGAGCUUCGUUCUCCUCAUUGCUUUGAUUGUUUGCAUUAUAACUUUUUUCGUACGGAGAGAUACGGAUAAAAAAAUUUUUCCCGAUACUACACCACGAAUUCCUGAUGUGGAGCUUGCAAACCUAAGGGAAAUGCCCCAUGGAGCAAGUUUUCAUGUUAACGUACUCUACACAACAGGACCUCUUUCGGAAUCUGAUGUGGCAUCACUUCCGCAAAUACGAAGAGAUCAAAUCACAAUGACAAAGUUCCUGGGAAGUGGUGCAUUUGGUGAAGUUUACGAAGGGUGUGUGAAGGAUUCAGAUGAUUCUGAAACCAGGGUGGCAAUCAAGACAUUGCGGAAGGGGGCAACUGAACAAGAAAAGGCUGAGUUUCUCCAGGAGGCUCACCUAAUGAGCAACUUCAAACAUGAGCACAUUCUACAGUUAAUAGGGGUGUGCUUCGAUAUUGACUCCUUGUACAUAAUUAUGGAACUAAUGCAGGGAGGUGAUUUGCUCAGCUUUCUUCGUCAGAGCCGACCAACACUGGAACAUCCCUCAUCACUUACACUUCUCGGCCUGGUAUCUAUGUGCGUAGACGUGGCAUCUGGCUGUCGUUAUCUAGAGGAAAUGCACUUUGUUCAUCGAGAUUUGGCCUGUAGAAACUGUUUGGUAUCGUCAUCGGAACCAGAUCAUCGAGUUGUCAAAAUUGGUGAUUUUGGUCUAGCUAGAGAUAUUUACAAAAAUGACUACUACCGAAAGGAAGGAGAAGGCCUUCUACCGGUUCGGUGGAUGUCUCCUGAAAGCCUCGUAGAUGGCGUUUUUACAUCGCAAUCCGAUAUAUGGGCUUUCGGUGUACUAUGCUGGGAAAUUAUGACUCUAGGUCAGCAACCCUAUCCUGCACGCAACAACCUUGAAGUCUUACACUAUGUUCGUGAUGGUGGACGCUUAACACGGCCCACAGAUUGCCCAGAAGAUCUUUAUCAACUUAUGCUAAAAUGCUGGAGCUAUUGCCCUGAGGAUAGACCUACAUUUCGUUAUUGUCUAGAAGUUCUACAAACCUUAAAGAACAAUACAAGUGACUGUAUACCAAUCACAGUGCAGCAUAUUUAUCGAAAUGGUGGCAUAUUUAACCGAUCAUAUUUAUUCGCCGACGAAAACCAUAAUCACAACUCAGCUGGAAACAAAGUUGUGAGCGGAGACUCUGGAAUUACAUCUCUUCCGAGUCAAAGAAUAGAUCACUCCAUACCAACAACGUCAACGGGUACAGAGUCAAUACCAAAAUAUAUAGAAUUAAUUUAUAGUAGUGAUGACAAGCCCCCUAAUCUUGUGAGUGAAGACUACGAGAUUCCCAUUACAAGUUUACCCUUGACUGAGGUUAGUACAAAGUUACCCAACUGCAACACAAUCCUCACCGUGGCAGUUCCAGACACUGCAGAUACAUGCUCAAGUUUAGACGCUCUCCUACCAAACCACGCUGCUGAUGGUAAACUUCAUCCAGUACCAAUAAUUUACUCAAACACAACUGCCGUACCCUCGACGUCUACAGAUGGAAAGCUCGUGUCAUGAGACUCAAUCGUUCCACAUUUCAUACCAAAAUUACUAUAGAUAUGUACAUUUUUUCCAUUCUGUUUGUUAGUAGCAGAACUUAGACCUGUUCGUAAGUAGAGAUGAUACAGAUUAGAUUAGAUCAAAAUUUUCUGGGCAUUAAUUUAUCUUAUUUGAUCAGUUACUUUUCUAACUGAUAAACCUAAAAAUUUUCAUGAUAAACCAAUACAUAUUUUGAUAAUUAUUUAAAAAACAAAUGUAUUUUUAUACAGUAAAUAUUGCUAAAUAGAAUUCUAGUUUGUUUUAAAGUUAUGUAAAGUUGCAGAAACCCCAAAAAUCUGCCUAAGACACGGUUUUAAAGCAUAAAAUUUGAAAUAUAUAAAAAUGUAGGUAUUGAUAACCAAAAACAAAGAUCCUAAUGACUAAUUACUUCCCACAAGUUUUUCUCAUUACCCCAGGUUAUCACUACUUUUUUUUCAUUUCAUCCAUUUCAAUUUUUGAAAAUAUUAAUGAUGAAAAUAAUAAUUUUACAUAUUUUAUUUCUAUAGGUACACUGUUUAGUAUUAUUUUAUCAUUGAUCUUUAGAUCCUGAAUCAUCUCUACUUAGCGUUCCUUAAUCCAGAUUAAAGACACUUAUAUUAAGUGUAUGUAGUUUUAAUUAAUUCUAAAUUAAUAAAUUAUAUGAAAAAUGUAAAUAUAUUUUUAAUAGGAAUUAUAAUUUCUAUUAGAAUUUAAGGUUCAUACCAAAUAAAGAUUUUAAAUAGUAAAAAGAAAAAAACAAUAAAGUGCUAAAACUUAAUUCA